GACAUUGGCUGUCACUUGCUAUAUAAAAUAUAAAUAAGCAUAUAACCUAAAUAGUUUUAAUACUAGAGAUAUAACAAUUAAAAAUAAACAUUUAAAUAAUAAAAAUAUAUAUACUUGUAAUGGUGUUUAACAAAAGAUGGCGUUUUGCAACAUUAAUCGGUGGUCUUGUGGGUCUUAUAGGGCUGACUCUAUAUCCCAUCGCUGUAAGCCCUAUGAUGGACUCUUCAAAAUAUAAGGAAAUCCAGAAAGUAACACGGAAAAAUAUUAAACAAGAAGAAAUACAACCUGGAAAUAUGAAAGUGUGGACAGAUCCAUUUGAUAGGAAGAAACCCCAAAAUGAGUGAUGCUUGUAAAUUGUUAGCUUGUAAAUAUUUUGUUGAUAAUGUUAGGAAAUAUAGAUUUUAAUUAAAAUAGCA